AUGGGCUGUCUUGUCCUAGGGAGCUGUCCCUUCGCUCCCUACGCCGACCUCUCUACUGCGCGCCUCAGACCCUCGCAAAAAGCCUGCAAUCCUCUGCUGCUAGGGGCCCUCCUGCCUGUGUCUGUCCACGAGCAUAGAUCCUGGAGUGUGAGAGGGCUCUUGAUAAUUUUCCUUAUAGUUCCUAGGGCUUGGGAUGCUCCUGGCAAGCCCCAUAUGGCUACCCUUCUAAGGUUUUUAAAAGGAGCUUGGAGUGAAAAUGUAUUGGAUUAUUUUCUGAACACUGAACAGAUUAAAACCAGAGAUGGAGCAGAAAUCAUCUGGUAUCAUGCAGCAAACAACAGAUCACAAAUGAAAAAGGCAAUACAAAGUGCUGCUCAUAUGGUAGAAGCAGAUAUUCUUCUUUGUGGUGAGGAAGAAGGAAAUGGUGAACCAAUCAUGGCUCAUCCUCCUGAAACAAACAGUGACAACACAUUGCAGACAUGGCUAAAUGAGAUUGUGAACACUAAAAAAGGCAUCAAGCUGGAUUUUAAGAGUCUAGCAGCGGUGAAGCCCUCUAUGAUGCUUCUUGAAGGCAUAAAGUUGCAUCUGAGGCGACCUGUCUGGAUUAAUGCAGACAUUCUCCCUGGACCUAAUGGAAGUAACACUGUCGUGGAUGCAAAAAGAUUUCUAGACACUGUAACUUCAUUCUGCCCGGAUGUGACCUUAUCGUUGGGCUGGACAACUGGGUGGCAGCCUCAACAAUGCAAUAAAGGAUACAGUUGGGCAAUGGUGAAAGAGAUGGCUCAGAUAUGUGAUGCACUUACUCAGCCUGUAACGUUCCCUGUUAGAGCAGCUUUGGUACGACAGUCAAAAUCUGAGUUGCUCUGGUUAUUACAAAAGUCAAACAGGUACAGCCUGACUGUUUGGACAGGAAUGCAUGAUGAGUACUCCAUAGAAGACCUGCUCUACCUCAGAGAGAACUUUGAUAAAAGUAGGGUUUAUUAUGAUAUUUUGGAACCACAAAACUCUGAAUUCAGAAAGGCCAUAGGAAUGGAAGUAUGAAUAUAAAGGAAAUAGACACUGAUACUAUAAAUAGUAAAUGAAACAAUGAAUUCACACUGCUGUGGCUCUUUUGGGUAAUAUUGAUCACUGAUUUAAGUCCUGAUCAACUGAGGUCUGAGUAUCGCUGGUAUAGGUAUACACGGCCCUGCCUCAGCACAGAGGACUGGACUAGAUGAGCUCUCCAGGUUCCUUAUUUGGACGUCAUUAAUUCUUUGUGACAACAUAUUAUUGGACAAAGGUACCAUGUCAAUCCUUUUUGCAGCCUUUUCUUCGAGCAUGCAAUGAAGUACAUCUUUUAUACAUGGAUCAAUUAAGCUCUCUGCUAUGGUAUGAGCUUCUGAUACUUUUGCUACUCGAUAGCUCAUGCGGUAUGACCAUUCAAGUGCAUUUUCAUUAUCAGUACUUGCUUUGGAUAAAAAACUGGUAAUGUCACUUUUCCUUUCAGCUAAUUUUCACUUGAAAAAAUCAACAGGCUUGUCAAGUUGUGCAGUAUGCCUAGUUUCUAAAUGGAGCCAAAGUAGAGAAGGUUUGAGGCUGCUGUUUGCUAGAACAUCACCACAAAUUACACACAGUGGUUUUGGACGUUCUUGAUCACCAGUGCAUGUAAAGCCAUUGUCACGGGUUGGAUCACAGAAACCCCCUUGGGGCUGCCAACUGAUGUGCCAAGCCUACUUCUGUCCCUGCUUUCCCUGCUAGCUGGGGACUACAGAACCCUGCCUGGAUGUGCCAGACGUGCUUGCCGGCCACAAACCCAGACCCAGGUCUGAGCCACAUCCGACAAACUGCGAACUUAACUGAAAACAGCUUAAGAAGUGUUCCUGUCUUUAACACUCAGAUGCCUAGCUCCCAAUGGGGUCCAAACCCCAAAUAAAACCGUUUUACCGUGUAUAAAGUUUAUACAGGGUAAACUCAUAAAUUGUUCGCCCUCUAUAACACUGAUAGAAAGAUAUCGCACAGCUGUUUGCCCCCCACAGGUAUUAAUACAUACUCUGCGUUAAAUAAUAAGUAAAAAGUGAUUUUAUUAUAUACAGCACGUAGGAUUGAAGUGGUUCCAAGUAAUACCAGACAGAACAAAGUGAAUUACCAAACAAAAUAAAAUAAAACCCGCAAGUCUAUGCCUAAUACAGUAAGAAAACUGAAUACAGCUAAAACCUCACCCUCAGAUGUUUCAAUAAGCUUCUAUCACAGACUGGAUACCUUCCUAGUAUGGGCACAAUCCUUUUCCCUGGUAAAGCCCUUGUUCCAGCUCAGGUGGUAGCUAGGAGAUUUCUUAUGUUUGCAGCCCCCUUUGUUCUGUUCCACCCCCUUAUAUGGCUUUGGCACAAGGCGGGAAUCUUUUGUCUUUCUGCUCCCCCACCCCCUUCUAAAUGGAAAAGCACCAGGUUUAAGAUGGAUUUCAAUACCAGGUGACAUGGUUACAUGUCCUGUGAGACUCCAAGCCUUUAUUCCUCCCAGCCUGACUCACAGGAAAGCCUGCCUACAAACAGAGUCAAUUGUCCUGGCUGAUGAGAGCCAUCAAGAUUCCAAACCACCAUUAAUGGCCCACACUUUGCAUAAUUACAAUAGGCCCUCAGAGUUAUAUUUCAUAUUUAUAGUUUCAGAUUCAAGAGCAAUGCAUUUAUACAAAUAGGGUGACCACACUCAGUAGAUUAUAAGCUUUGUAAUGACACCUUACAAGAGACGUUUUGCAUGAAACAUAUUCCAGUUACAUUACAUUCACACUCAUUAGCAUAUUUUCAUAAAAUCAUAGAGUGCAACAUCAGAGCCAUAUUUUAUAUAAUCAUCGUCAUAUUUUCUUUUCUUUGGAAGUGACUUUCCAGAACCAUCAUGAUCAUUAGACUUAGAUUUUCCACAGUGUUUUUUUAUUUUUUGGAUCUUUUCUUUAUUUUCUACUAAAUCAAUUUGUUCUAUCUUUUCUCCCUCUAUUUUUUUUUAUCGGGGCCACCUGGAAUUGCGGUUGCCAUAUCAUCCCCUCCUUGGCUCCCUUUUUAGCCUGUUCAUCUGCCUUCUGAUUCCACUGAGCUCCCUCAACAGUUUUCUUGUGGGCUUUUACUUUUCCCAUUAGUACUGAUUAUGUUCUUUGUUGUGCUAAUCCCCAUAAAUAAGUUAAUUUUUCAGCAUGACUAAUAGGUUUACCUUCCCUGAUUUCAUACCCGUCUUCUCCCUUUGAGGUAUCCAAUCUAUUACAGCUCUCAGUACUCAGUCAGAAUCUGUGAAAAUAGCCACAGCUUCAUCUCUUGGCAUGUUUUCCAGUGCUACUCUUACCGCUACAAUUUUGGCAGUUUACACUGAAUGUGGCAAACAUUGACCCUUAAAAACCUUCUCUUCUGAUAUUCUCACUGCUGUAUAUCCCGCAUAUGUUUUACCUUCCUCAGAAAAUCUAGAACCAUCCAAAAACCAAACUACAACUACUUUAUCCAUGAUUUCGCUUAGAAUUGCUCCACCUUGGAAUAGUAUAGGUGCUUCGUGGGAAUUUCUGGUAAAGAACAUUCAUGUUGUUCUGCUUCUAUUAGGAGACCAAAAGAGACUGGAGAUAGACUUGGAAUCUUUUCCAUGGCUAUAUUUUUAUUUAACAAGGCUAGUAUCCAUUUUGUUAACCUGGGAUUGGAAACAUGCCCAUCAUUAAUUUUCCCUGUCAGCAUGUAUUUUAGAGGUGAAUGGGAUGUUUUCAAAAGCACUGGGGAUAGUCCUACUAGAUAUUCCCAAUGUUGCAAAGCCGAAACUAAUGCCAAUACCUCUUUUUCAUAAGGAAUAAAUCCUUGUUCUACUCCAUCUAGAGUCUUAGAAGCAUACACCAGUGGUCAAAGACCUGUACCGUGGUCUUGGCUUAAGAUAGCACUCAUUCUAGCAUUUGUAGUAGCCAAUUGUAAUACAAAAGGCUGUCCUACUUUUGGAUAUACCAAGGCUGGGGCUUGUGCUAAUGCCUUUUUAAGCUGAGUGAACGCUUCCUGCUGUUCCAAUCCCCAAUCCCAUUUCGUACCUUUCCUUAACUGGUGGCGGAACUGGACAAGCUAAGGGAGGCAGAGAGGUAUGUUGAUGAGCCUUUCUGGGACACUGUAGAUUUGUCCCAUUUCCAGUCAGAUAGCCCCUACACUGUUAAGGAGGAUGAAAGGCUCAGAGAAGGAGAGCAGUCAACGGGAACAGAGGGAAACCUUCCCACAGUUGGGACCCUCCUUCCAGAUGAUGUUGGGGUAUCCUCUUGCACUGAGGGUUCCUCUCCGGGGGAGGGAACUCCAGUCAUUAGGAAAAGGCAGGUGUUAGUAGUGGGAGAUUUGAUCAUUAGAAACAUAGAUAGCUGGGUUUGUGAUGACUGGGAGAACCGUAUGGUGACUUGCCUGCCUGGUGCAAAGGUUGCGGAUCUCACGAGGCAUCUAGAUAGACUUAAGUGUAGUGCUGGGGAGAAGCCAGUGGUUGUGGUACAUGUAGGUACCAAUGAUAUAGGGAAGGGUAGGGGAGAAGUCCUGGAGGCCAAAUUUAGGCCGCUAGGAAAGAAACUGAAAUCCAGGACCUCUAUGGUGGCAUUCUCAGAAAUGCUACCAGUUCCAUGCGCAGGGCCAGGUAGGCAGGCAGAGCUUCAGAGUCUCAAUGAGUGGAUGAGACGAUAGUGUAGAGAGGAGGGGGUUAGAUUUAUUAGGAACUGGGGAAACUUUUGGGAUAGGGGAAGCCUAUACAGGAAGGAUGGGGCUCCACCUAAACCAAAGUGGAUCCAGACUGCUGGCACUUAACAUUAAAAAGGUUGCAGAGCAGUUUUUAAACUAAGAGAUGGGGGAAAGCUGAUUGCUGCAGAGGCGCACAUGGAUUGGACAGAGACUUCUCUCAGAGGAGAGUCUAUUGAUAGAGAUUCUCUAGGUUUUAGUCAGGAGGAGGGGAUGAAAGAGGACAAAGUAUGUGCCAGAUCAGACAAGAAACAUUCGUAUAAAGAAUCUGACACAUCAGAAAAGGGCAGAAAAAUAAACAGUGACAAGUUCUUAAAGUGCUUGUACACAAAUGCUAGAAGUCUAAAUAAUAAGAUGGGUGAACUAGAGUGCCUCGUGUUAAAGGAGGAUAUUGAUAUAAUAGGCAUCACAGAAACCUGGUGGAGUGAGGACAAUCAAUGGGACACAGUCAUUCCGGGGUACAAAAUAUAUCAGAAGGACAGAACAGGUCAUGCGUGUGGCUGGGUGGGGAGAGUGGCACUGUAUGCGAAAGAAAAUGUCGAAUCAAAUGAAAUAAAAAUCUUAAAUGAAUCCACAUGAUCCAUAGAAUCUCUAUGGAUAGUAAUUCCAUGCUCUAAUAAGAAUAUAACGGUAGGGAUCUAUUAUCGACCACCUGACCAGGACAGUGAUAGUGACGAUGAAAUGCUAAGGGAGAUUAGGGAGGCUGUCAAAAUAAAAAACUCAAUAAUAGUGGGGAAUUUCAGUUAUCUCCAUAUUGACUGGUACAUGUCACCUCAGGACAAAAUGCAGAGACAAAAUUUCUCAAUACUUUAAAUGACUGCUUCUUGGAGCAGCUGGUACAGGAACCCACAAGAGGAGAUGCAAUUCUCGAUCUACUCCUGAGUAGAGCGCAGGAUCUGGUCCAAGAGGUAACUAUAACAGGACCGCUUGGAAAUAGUGACCGUAAUAUAAUAACAUUUAACAUUCCUGUGAUGGGAAGAACACCUCAGCAGCCCAACACUGUGGCAUUUAAUUUCAGAAAGGGGAACUAUGCAAAAAUGAGGAGGUUAGUUAAACAGAAAUUAAAAGGUACAGUGACUAGAGUGAAAUCCCUACAAGCUGCAUGGACACUUUUCAAAGACCCCAUAAUAGAGGCUCAACUUAAAUGUAUACCCCAAAUUAAAAAACACAGUAAAAGAACUAAAAAAGAGCCACCAUGGCUUAACAACCAUGUAAAAGAAACAGUGAGAGAUAAAAAGGCAUCCUUUAAAAAGUGGAAGUCAAAUCCUAGUGAGGUAAAGAAAAAGCAUAAAUACUGCCAAAUUAAAUGUAAAAAUGUAAUAAGAAAAGCCAAAAAGGAGUUUGAAGAACAGCUAGCCAAAAACUCAAAAGGUAAUAAAAUGUUUUUUAAGUACAUCAGAAACAGGAAACCUGCUAAACAACCAGUGGGGCCCCUUGAUGAUUGAGAUACAAAAGGAGCACUUAAAGACGAUAAAGUAAUCAUGGAGAAACCAAACGAAUUCUGGAAUUCAGUCUUCACGGCUGAGGAUGUGAGGGAGAUUCCCAAACCUGAGCUGUCUUUUGUAGGUGACAAAUCUGAGGAAUUGUCACAGAUUGAAGUGACACUAGAGGAAGUUUUGGAAUUAAUUGAGAAACUUAACGGUAACAAGUCAUCAGGACCAGAUGGCAUUCAACAAGAGUUCUGAAAGAACUCAAAUGUGAAAUUGCGGAACUAUUAACUGUGGUUUGUAACCUGUCGUUUAAAUCAGCUACUGUACCCAAUGACUGGAAGAUAGCUAAGGUAACGCCAGUAUUUAAGAAGGGCUCUAGAGGUGAUCCUGGCAAUUACAGACCAGUAAGUCUAAAGUCAGUACCGGGCAAACUAGUUGAAACAAUAGUAAAGAAUAAAAUUGUCAGACACAUAGAAGAACAUAAAUUGUUGCGUAAAAGUCAACAUGGUUUCUGUAAAGGGAAAUCAUGUUUUACUAAUCCAUUAGAGUUCUUUAAGGGGGUCAACAAACAUGUGGACAAGAGGGAUCCAGUGGACAUAGUGUACUUAGAUUUUCAGAAAGCAUUUUGACAAGGUCCGUCACCGAAGGCUCUUACAUAAAUUAAGUUGUCAUGGGAUGAGAGGGAAGAUCCUUUCAUGGAUUGAGAACUGGUUAAAAGACAGGGAACAAAGGGUAGGAAUAAAUGGUAAAUUUUCAGAAUGGAGAGGGGUAACUAGUGGUGUUCCCCAAGGAUCAGUUCUAGGACCAAUCCUAUUCAACCUAUUCAUAAACGAUCUGGAGAAAGGGGUAAACAGCGAGGUGGCAAAGUUUGCUGGUGAUACUAAACUGCUCAAGAUCUUUAAGACCAAAGCAGACUGUGAAGAACUUCAAAAAGAUCUCACAAAACUAAGGGCAACAAAAUGGCAAAUAAAAUUUAUUGUGGAUAAAUGUAAAGUAAUGCACAUUGGAAAAAUAACCCCAACUAUACAUAAAAUGUGAUGGGAGCUAAUUUAGCUACAACUAAUCAGGAGAAAGAUCUUGGAGUCAUCGUGGAUAGUUCUCUGAAGACGUCCAAGCAGUGUGCUGUGGCAGUCAAAAAAGCAAACGGGAUGUUAGGAAUCAUUAAAAAAGGGAUAGAGAAUAAGAUGGAGAAUAAGAUGGCCAUUGUCAGUAGACAGGGAACUGGGCUGGAUGGACCUUUGGUCCUACCCGGGAUGGCCAUUCUUAUAGUCUUAUGUAUGUUCUUAUGUUAACAACUGAUACAAUGGGCUAGCUUUUUCUGCAUAGUUUUCUAUACAAUCUCUUGAAAAAUUAGUCAUCCCCAAGAAUAACCUUAAAAUAGACACAUCUGUUGGGGCUGGUAACUUUUGCAAUAAUUCUGUCCUUUGAUUAUCUUGUGUUCAUCCUUUCUGUCCUAAUGUUACUCCAAGUAAUUAACUUGUUGCUGGCAUAUUUGACCUUUUUCUGGACUAACCUUGAACCCUGUUUCCUUUAGCUUUUGUAAUUCUUGAUCCAAUAUUUCUCAAUUCUCUUCCUUAGUUUUUGUACUGAUAAGGAUAUCAUCUACAUAGGAUAUGAUGUUAUCCUUAUUCGGCAUUUUAUCCCACUUUUUAUUCACAUGCAUAUGACAAACAGCUGGUGAGUUAUGAAAACCCUGGAGAUUUCUAGUGAAACAGAACUGUCAUCCCUGAAACAUAAAUGCAAAUUUAUACCAGAAGUCUGGAUGUAAAGGUAUGGCAAAGAACACAUUUGCGAGAUCCAGGACAGUAAACCACCAUGCUUCUCCGAUAAUGGAAGCAAUCACUUCAGGAUACUUUGCUACUGCGGGAGCAGUCAUUGGAGUUACAUUAUUGAGGGGUCUAAGAUCGAUAGUUAACCUCCAAGUUUUACCAUCCGCUGUUAGAACUGGCCAAAUAGCAGCAUUAUUUAUGUUCUGUUGUUCAACUAUAACUCCCUGCUCCAAAAGUCCUUGAAUAGUCUUCAUUAAACUAGGUUCCACUUCCUUAGGAUAUUAAUAUUGUCUUUGCAGUAGGGGAUCAGGCCCAUUAAUCAAUAACUCUGCUUCAGUUUUUCCACAUUCUGCCUUAUUAGUAGCCCAGACCUCUUUAUGCUUUUGUGCAAUUUGUAAAACUUCUGCUGGCCAAUCAGGCCAUUUUAUUUCUUCUGCUGCCUUAAUAGUAGCUAACCUAUACCCUGCUUCAGUGACUAUUGUUUGAUCUAUAGUUCUAAUUCUAUCAAAAGGUAUCUUCCAUAACACCUUAUUUACUAAAUCUACUGUUACUCUAAGCUUCCUCAGUAUAUCAACACCAAUUAUUCCAUCACCAUCCAAGUUCAUCAAGCCAAACUGUUCCCUUCCUUGUUUUGUUCCUAAUUGAAAGUGAACCAGAGCACUAAACAGUACCUUACUCGUUGCUUCAUUAAAUCCUUGUAGCUUCCUGACAUUACAGGAGGUCCAAAUACAUUUUUAUUCUUGGUACUUACUAAAGAAAAUGUGGCACCUGUAUCUGUUAACAUAUUCUGUCCAAACGCUCCCCGAUCAAAUUCCACAUAAACAGUGGGUCUCCCCCAGUCGUCUGUUUGUAAAAGUGCUACCAAGAUAGCAUGAUCUUCUAUUGAUAUUGGGGAGAUAGGGAGCGCUUGGACUCAGUAUGCCUGACCUUUAGGGUUAGGUGGAGCUGUAGGCAUGUUCCACUCAUGAUUCGCUAAACUUUGAAGUAGUUCUUCUGUAGAUAACCCAUGAAUUUGUUCUUUAGGUUCAUAUUGUAAUAAUCUCUUCCAGAGCCAAUUUCUUCCUUCAUCAAACCUUUGUUGCUCAUAAGGAGCAAACUUUCUAGUUUGAUUUUCUUCUCUUUUUAAUCCCUGCUUAUUCUUCGUGCCUUGUGGAUUUUCCUGUCCCUUUGGAUCAUUAUUAGAAAAAGUUAUUACUGGUACUUUUUCGUUCUUCCCCUUAAGGGGCAAACUUGUUUCCCUUUGUAUUUCAUAUAAUCUUUUUGCUUUUUCUUUUAUAUCACGUAAAGGAGUCUGGAGGGGAUCAUCAGAAACUGUAGCCAUUCUUAUUGCUGGAUUAAAUCCUAACAAUAAUACUCUUUUAAAUUGCAGGACAUCAUAUAAUAAUAAUCUGUCUCUCUGGGGAAUUCCUGAAUGUUUAUACAGUAAUCUUUUCCUAGCUAUGUAUGACUCUGGCUUUUCCCUUAGUCAUUGCUUUUCCUUAUGGAGCCAUACCACUGGGUCUUUUCUCCAGGAAAGAAAAACUUCCUGAGAGUUCACUCCCUGUUAAUCCAGGCGUUCCUGAUGUUUUUGCCAGCCAUCCAGCUACUGUAUUCCUAUUUAAGGAACCCAUAGAUUUCCCUAAAGCCCUAACCCAGGGAUUGGAAACCUUUCAGAAGUGGUGUGCCAAGUCUUCAUUUAUUCACUCUAAUUUAAGGUUUUGUGUGCCAGUAAUACAUUUUAAUGUUUUUAGAAGGUCUCUCUUUAUAAUAUAUAACUAAACUAUUGUCGUAUGUAAACUAAAUAAGGUUUUUUAAAUGUUUAAGAAGCUCCAUUUAAAAUUAAAUUAAAAUGCAGCUCUUAUCGGUUUAGUGUGAUCCUUGCCCUUGCUUUUCCUUGCUGAGUUUUCCAAUGUCUGGCACGUAUUUGGAUACUUUAAGCUGCACACAGCUUUAAGCCGCUCCAGCUCUGCUCCUGCACCAAUAGUGACUGCUCCAGUUCAGCUCAGACUCCGCUCCACGCUCCGACUCAGAUUAAUUUUUAACUAAAUAAAAAAGUGCAUACUGUAAUUUUGAAAAAAGCAUUAUUUUUAUUCAGACUUUUAAAACAAUUUAAAUGUCAUCAACAAUGAUACAAACUAGAAUCAUUCAUAAUUCAUUCUGUAAAAAAUUAUUACAGCAAUCAAGUCGUCUUUCAUAGCCUGCCGCAAAUCAUUUAAAAUUAACUUUAAAGCCGAAAACAGUCGCUCUACAUUAGCUUGAGUUGUUAGCGUGCUCAAAGCAAUUCUACAAGCAGCCUGAAUGCGGCGUAGGUAGCUCUGAAUGGCCUCAAAAACAGACUUAACUUUUAGCCUACCAAUAGACUCCAUCGCCUCACAAUCUUACCGAAAGUUUCUCUCGAAUAAUGCUUCAUUACAAUUAUGAAUUGCAGAAAAUCACCGGCAUCUGUCUUGUUUAUCCAAUUCCUUUUCAAAGGCGUCAUCUUCUGAAGAAUUGGUGCUUAAAUUAUUUCCAUUUCCCUGUGAUGGUUAAAGACGUCUCAGGGAUGGAUGCUUGAACAAGUUCAGAGUGGAGACGGAAGUUUGAGAACAGCCUGCUAUUUCUGAAGGAUGUGAACUUUCCGAAACCACAGAUUCGACUGUUGAUGACUUUUUUUGUUUUCUUCGACCUCUUUUGCCGAGAUCAAAUGUAGCAAUGGAUUGUUUUUCAAGUUGUUGAGCAAUAUCACAGUGCCCUUCCUUUGCCUUUGGUAUUUCCCUUGCGGUAAGAAGAAUCCGAUACCGUGGGUCAACAUAUACUCCAGCAAGGAAAUGAGUAUUGUCAAAAAGCUUCUGCAGUUUGUCCACCAUUUUCUCGCAAGAAUUUUGACAGUUUUCGCCAUUCCUUCAUUAAAACUCCUGGGGUUACAUCGACAGCUUGAGGUCUCUCAGGUUCUUCACUUCAUCCCAUUCAGCUUUUGUUAACUUGAGUUCUCUUGUUCCAGCAGCAGCCACUUGUCCACAGUAAGAUUGAAAAACGAGAAGCCGAUCAGUCAUUGCAAAUGUUGAACCCAGCGAGUCACAAUAUCCAAUGAUUGAGUUACCCCAUGUAGAUCAAGCAGAACACUUUGAAUACUUGGGUUCAUAGUUUGACAAUAACUUGUCGAAUUUUUGCCAGAAAUUUUUUCACAUGUUCUUUGUUCAGUCCAUACCAGAUUGCCAACUGAAGAGUGUGAAUACCACACCUCAUCAGUUGGACUUUUGAGUUGUCCUCAUGAAGCUAUGUUGGAAGUAUGAGGCUAGGGUCAUUAACCCAUUGCUCAGCAGAAUCCAUGUUGAGUUUGAUUUCAUCCAUUCCUUUAGUUCCUUCAUCAGGCAAAAUAGCUUCAGUUCUGUCCACAUCCCUGUUCUCAGAGGUAGAAAUGGUUUCAUUGUCCUCGCUGAAAUUUUUGAUGGCACACGUCAUGUUUGCUGCAUUGUCAACGCAGAUGCUCAGCACUUGCAUUUCACUGAUCCCAAAUUUUUCUAAAAUAGUUUUUACUUGACUUUUCACGUACGAAGAAUUGUGACACCCUUCAGUGUCGAUUAUGUCCAAGGUUUUUACCACAGCUUUAUCUUUUCCUUCUUCGUAGUACUGAGCACUGAUUGCAAGGAAAUUGCUGUUUCCACGGGUUGCUGCAUCCAUUUUCUGGUAGCACAAAUUUUGCUCCAAAGCUUUCUUCAGCUCUUUGCAACCAGACUCAGCUGUGCUGACAACUAAAUGAUGAACCGCAUUGUGCCCCGUCGAAAUGCCAAGCUGCCAACCCAUUACACCAGCAGUUUUUUGGAAUCCUUUGUUCUUUAGCCUAAAGGUAGUGAGCGGUGUUGCACUCAAGCAAACCAUUUCCAUCAGACCUUCACAGAAAGUAUUGGCAUCCAUGCUGACUGUAAUCUUUGAGGACUUCAAAUAUGAGUCAAGUUUUGUUUGCUCAAUUUUGGGUUUCUUUUCAGAUGAAGCUCCGCAAAAAAUCUUUUCUCCAGGAGUUUUCAAAUAGCCAGAUGAACGUCAUUUAGCCACGUCAGCUUUCUGUUUUGCCUCAUCUUUCUGGUCCUUUUUUAUAAGCAGAGCUGCAUAGUUUUCAGGAUGGUUAUGUUUUACAUGCUGCCAAAGGUUGAAACUUUUCACGGCACUAGUUUCACUUGUCUUAAAGCUACAUGGUUUGAGCUCUUCAUUCACUUCCUUUUCCACCUUGCAUGUUGCUGAUUUCUUCUUUGCUUUUCCCAAAUUUUUAUUUAUAAAUUGCAAGUUAGUUUUUCUUAUGAAAUUUUGCGGUAAAAAUAUUCAAAAUAUUUUCCAAGUUUUUAAUUAAUAUCUCAAAAACGCUUUAAUAUAGAUAUAUCAAUGAAAUUUGGUAUGUGCUGUAGCGUUAGUACAUGCUAUCACUGUUCUACAACAUUAAUUGUUGGGAAGUAAUGAGGCUACAAGUUACAAGGUUGAAAAUAAACUUUAACGGGAAAGCGGAUUCAAAUUGCAAGCACAGU